AUGUCGCUCUGCUGCUGCAGCGCCGGGAGCCGCCGCCUUCUCCUCCCGCGUCUCUUCCUCGGCCAGCGCCGCCAGGCCCGGCGCCCCCUCCUCCACCUUCGCACCACCGUGACCGCCGCCGCCUCGUCCUCCGCUACAUCUCUCUCGACGCAGCAGCAGCGCCAGGUCUCCCUCUACGUGGACGCCCUCCUCGACUGGAACCAGAGGAUGAACCUUACCGCCGUCACCGACGAGUCCGAGGUCAUGACGCGCCACGUGGUUGACUCGCUUGCCGUGCUUCCUCCACUCGAGCGCGCAUACACCUCCCGCGGCGGCGACAUUUCUGGCAUCAGCCUUGUCGAUGUCGGCUCCGGCGCCGGGCUUCCUGGUCUUAUCCUUGCUGUUGCGCGGCCAAGCUGGAAGUUUACGCUGUUGGAGUCGAUGCGGAAGCGGUGCACGUUCUUGGAGCACGCAGUUGAGGUCAUGGAGCUGUCAAAUGUGGAUGUGGUGUGUGACCGAGCUGAGAAUGCUGGCCAAAGUCAUGAUUUCAGAGAGUCAUUUGAUGUAGCAGCUGCAAGAGCUGUCGCAGAACUUAAAAUUUUAGCUGAGUACUGCCUCCCGUUGGUUCGUGUUGGUGGUUUAUUUAUAGCUGCUAAAGGGCACGAUCCUCAUGAAGAAAUAAGAAGUGCAAAAGCUGCAGUUGGUAAAUUGGGUGCCUCCAUGCUAGAUUUGUGCAAUGUCGAAUCGAUGGGACCUCAUGGUCAACGAACGGCAGUUGUGUACCUCAAGGAACGCACUACUCCAAAAAAGUACCCUCGGCAACCAGGUACUCCUUCUAAGACACCAUUAUGA